AUGCAGAAAUCUGACUGCAAUAACCACUGGGCUGUUAAUCAAGCAAAUGCACAAAGGAAUAAGGAAUUGACUGGGAUUGGUGGAUGUGCCUGUGUGAGGCAUGGCUAUUUUGUACCUCAUGCAGUGGUCAACUUUCAGAAGGGAGAGCAGCAGGUCAAUAUGGAUUAUGCUCUGGUCCAUGCUGUGCACCAUGGAUUGGACCCCUGGCAACCGGUCAUAACCUUUUAUGACAUCAAUUGUCAGUAUAGCAAGAACUUGGCCUGCUGGCUUGAGGAAAAUAGAUAUCUCUCUCUGCCUUCUGGAUUACAGAUUCAGCCCAGCAUUGGACUAUGGCAUGUCCAUGGCCAUCAGACAGAGUGCUUCACCAGAUAUGCUCCAAACUUUAUUCCAGGUGCUGGCUGGGUGGAUGGUGAAAUCAUGGAGACCCUCUGGUCUUCUCUCAACAUAAUCUCACCAUCAGCCUGGGGAAUGGUGACAGCACACCAUCAGGAGUUGCUGGACUUCCAAAUGAAUGAUACAUGGGCAUUGAAACAGAAGUUCAAGGUUUCCAAGCAGUCAUUAGCAACAAUCCAAGAUAAAUUCAACGAGUUGGAUAGCAAGGUACUGGAUGGCUUGCAUCAGUUAUGGGUGGAACAAGAACUUGUGGUGCAGUCAUGCUGGCAGAAUACUCCACAGGCCAUGGACAUAUAUGAAGUCUGGCUGGAGAAGGCACCCACCAUGAAAGCCAUUGAGAUUGACCUAAUCCAUAACAACCAUUCAUUCAGCAGCUCACAUGGUUCAGCUACUUGGAUUGCAUGGGCAUUAAAGGUUGAGCAGGCUCAAAUAGUGCUUGCUAUGGAUACACAACAGAUGGACACCAGGGAAACAGAGGCAGACUGGUUGUCGAUUUUGCGCCAGCAAGACCAGUUGCAAUCACAGAUUGAUGCACUAGUACAUAGAGCAGCCCAGUUCAUCGGAAAUGACUGGCAAGUUAACCCCAGGCAAAGGACCAGAAGUAUAGCCCCAUUUGAUGGGGACAGUAAUGAUGAAACUGAUGAUCCAUUCCUCCCUGAUUGUCCUGGUCACCAGGAGGUCAGCGAUGUUCCACUGCCAUCAUAUAUCAGAGUACAGUAUUUCCAUGACAUUGGCCUCAGCAGUCUUGUGGAACAGGAAAUACAUCUGAGACAGGGCCAGGCAAAUGAUGCAUUGCAUGAAUUGUGUCUGGCCCUCAUGGACAAGGCCAUGAUAUUUUGUACAGAUGUCUGGAAAGGAGGGAACUACAAAAUGACAACCUGUGCAUGGGGGUGGAUAUCCAAUGCAGAGACAAUGCAACUCAUUGCACUGGGGGCUGGGGAGGACAUUCUUGGCAAAUACCAAGAAUUGAAUAGGGCAGACCUGACUGUGAGUGCCACAAUUGCAGACCCAAAUGCAAGAGGUCAUUGCAACAACACUCUGGCCUGGUUUUGGACCAUGGACCUUCCCUGGGAUUCUGCCAAGAAUGACAGGAUGUCAGAAUUUUAUCAAGUCAACUGGCUGUGUACAAAAGCACUACAGGAUCACUGGGAAGAAGAGCUAGAGUUACUCACACUGGAGACUGGGUGGACACAGAAAUUCUUCUUACACAAGGAGAAAUUCUGGAGUGGCUGGCAUAUGGAGGCAUUGGCAGUGGGCAAUACUGGCUUCACAUGUUAUACAGCUAGGCAGUCCCAGAUGUAUCAGGAUUUAGCCAGAACACUAGGAUGUACUUCAAGAUAUGAAUUGGAAGAGUAA